AUGACGGAAUCAGUUGAAUUUUCCCCGAGCGAGUACCAAAUCGCUCUGCCUCCUUUUGGCUCGGCCUUUGUCGGGGAUUCGCCGGGACGAGAGAAUCAAAGUCCUCAAGUUUCGACGGUCCCGGUUAGUCAUGGGAAUAUCUUGUGGCAUACCAAGCAUGAGCCUGAGGAGACCUAUGAGAAUUCUAUUUCGCCGAAUGCAUCGUCAAGAUCGAUGGCGAAUGAAGAAGGGUUGGAGGAAGAUCGGUCGGAAUCGCCUGAACAGAUGGAAGGAGGGAGAAGAAGCAAGGGAUCGAAGAAGCCGAGGAAACCAAGGACGAUUUACAGCUCCUACCAACUGAACGAGCUCGUCCGCCGCUUCCAAAAGACGCAAUACCUGGCCCUUCCCGAGCGAGCAGAGCUGGCAGCAACACUCGGCUUGACGCAGACACAAGUAAAGAUUUGGUUUCAAAAUCGCCGCUCAAAGUUCAAAAAGCAAGUCAAGCACAUGAAUCUGCCCAUGGAGCAUUCUCAGAAACAAGCGUCGAUGUAUCAGCCGAUCGGGCGGGAGUAUGAGGCGAGCGAGUACUACAGUAACAUGCCGGGCUUUGUCUACUGGACGCCGGAGCAGUAUCAGCACGCGGCGGCGAACAACUCGGCGGGGUAUUAUCAGCCGGUCAGCCAGUGGGACGAAGCGCAUCAGGUUGAUUGUACUCCAACAAUCUACUCAAUGCCAGAACAACCUGUUUCCGACUCGAUCGAUCAAGUUUGCCUCAACUCGCAGCCAGGAGCGAAUCCGGGAGCAAUUAUUUCUCAAGUUGCCCCGCCGCCGAUUACCUUGCCUAUUCCGACUUCUCAAGAUCAUCACUAA